AUUCCUCAGUGUUACUUACAGCCGUGCGCUUAAAGUUAGCAAUUGUUCACUACUUGCAGCGUCGCUAUUCAACAGUCGUUAGCCAACGCAGGACCUAUCCCGGGACAAAAACUCGUAUGCCGCUGUUCAGAGUAAUCAGCGUACUUAACCCUUGAGAGCCGGGCGUUGACCUUGUCGGGAGAUGGGCAACUGCCUCGACACAUGUCUUCCAAAGCAGGGAGAUCCACGCACACGGCCCUAUGUCCAGCUCCAACAGCAAAACACUUGGUCUAAAACCGGCAUAGCUGGGCUACGGGACCAAGGGCUCAAGGAACUCCCGCAAGCCCUGGCCGACAUUGCAUCCACGCUUCGAGUGCUGGAUGCCUCCAACAACCGCCUUCAGCAACUGCCCUCCUUCGUGGCCACCCUGACAGCGCUGCAACGACUGGUGCUAGCUGGUAACCAACUCACCAUUGCACCACCCCCAGAAGCCUGCGCCAACCUUUCCUCGCUCAAGGUCCUGGUCUUGGAUGACAACCUGCUAUCAGAGCUGCCGGCGGAGGUGGGCCGGCUGGGCCGGCUCGAGCGCCUCUCGCUGCGCAACAACCGGCUGAGGAGCCUGCCGGACAGCCUGGGGGCCCUGGGGGCGCUGCAGUCGCUGGCGGUGUCGGCCAACCAACUGGCCAGCCUGCCGGAGCAGCUGGGCGAGUGCGGCAGGCUGGAGGAGCUGGACGCGCAGGGGAAUGAGCUGGAGUCCAUUCCCGCCUCCCUCGAACGUCUCAAACGCCUGAAAACGCUGCAACUGGACAACAAUCGCAUACACGCCGUACCGUCCCAAGUGCUGUACGGCUGUACGGCGCUACAGACGCUGAGCCUGCACGGCUGUCCCAUCAAGCCGGACGACCUGCAGGAGACGCCGGGAUUCAAGGAGUUUGAUGAACGAAGGAAGUCCAAAUACAACAAGGCGAUUGCGGGUGGGGCGCUGCUGGGGUCCCGCGGGCUGGAUGAGGGCGUGGACCGACAGGUGGCGCAGCAGUCGCCGGGCAGGAGAGGGUGAUGCCUAAUGUGUGGGAGGACAGCUGCCAGGAGGGGAGCGCCUGGGAGUGAAGGGGGGUUCUGUCCUCUCCCUGUAACAGACUACAUGGGGAAGAAAGGGGGAUACCAACGACGACAGUGUGGUCAGGCUUCGCCAUGUGAGACGUUGGAGGGUUGCAAGUGAGAUAACGAUACACAUCGGCGGUGGAGGAUGGCCUUGGUGCGUCUAACGUUGUGUCAUUUGCUGGAAGAAAGGGAGUGCUAUGACAUUCCCGGUGCUUUGAACGUCUAUUGUGCUGGAACUGGUAUGUAUACCGUAUUUGUUAAUGAAACGUGAGGCUCCUAAACGUUGCCAGCGGGUAUAACCGCUCCUGGCCAUGAUGCGGUGCACCACAUCAUGGUUCUUAAAGGCUGUCAACGACAUGGAUGCAGGCACUGUGUACUGAAUAUCCUGGCAGCAUGUGGGUGUUCUGGGGCAGUUGGCUUGCGUUGCUGCAGAAGGAGCUGCUUGGCAUGUUGGCAUGGUGCAUGGGGUGUGAUGGGCGGUGGCAGUGCAGCGGCCCUGCUGUGCAAGUCUGCCACCACUAGCCGCUAGCCCUAACAAGGUGCAGCGGCGUUGUGUCCGCGAGCAACGCGUCACGAGGAAAGGAGUGGGGAUAGAAGUUGGUGAAACGGAAGCCGAGGUGGG